AUGGACCCCGAGGUGAUCAAGAUUCUCCUUGUAGGCGAUGAAAAGUGCGGCAAGACGACCUUUCUCUCCCGGCUCAGUGCAGGUGAAAAAGUCAACCCGAUUCCCAUGCUCCGUGAUAUGGAUCAACCUUUUGUCUUCGGUAUUCAGACAGGAGGCAAAAAGGUUCAGUUCGAGUUCUUCGACACAUCAUGUCCCGAUAACUGGAGGACCCUCGAUCCUGAUGCCAUUGUCAUUUGUUACGACAUCAGCCAACGGUUGAGUCUGAUCAAUAUGCAAAGAUAUUGGAAAGACGAAAUCAAGAGAUCGUUUCAACGCAUCGAUACCCUUCCGCUCAUCAUCCUUGGGCUGAAGCGUGAUCUGAGAUCGGAGCAGGAUCCAAACGGAAUUAUAUAUCCGCAAGAAGGAUACCAAGUUGCGCAGACUCUACGGGCUGAUCGAUAUGUUGAGUGUUCGGCGGUGACGGGUGAAUUGUUGAAGCUAGCGUUUGAAGAUCUGUGCAAGACGGCCAUGACUCCGACAACGGGCGCAAGCAGCCAGAGCGCAAGCACAUGCGCAGUAAUAUGA